UGCUGUCGCUCUCUCUGAAGGCAGACACACAACCUGACAGCUCCUGCAGCGCAGACACAUCACCUGUGGAAACACAACCAAGACCCACGCAGGACACACCGGGAGACAUUUGUAACAUUCAUGGAGUGAACACAAGAACAAGCGCCCACUUUCUCCUCCUGACGAACAAAUUGAUACGUGGGAGUUUAUGGAAAAGUCUCAGACAGCGUCAGUGUGUGACACAGUGACUCAGCCUGUAGGCGGCCUCUCCACCGCGUCAAAAAGACCUCACCAAUCUGUCUGGAGGGAAAGCAGACUGCCAGCCCCAUCCUCAAGUUUCACUACACGCUUGGACAUCACACGCGUACACACAAUGAGCUCUCUCUGUCUGAACUGAAAACACUUCAUUUCAUGCACCGGAUUUGAGCAACCACGGAUUCUUGCUCCAUAUGAGGAAGAAAAUCUUGAAAGCACCUUGUCUCCUCUUGAGUCUGUUCACAAGUUUGAAUCUCUGCUUCGGAAAAUUUGGGACGCCGAUAACUGAUGAUGUGAACAAGCUGUCAUUCCUGCAGAAGCAGAAUAUCCCCUCUGAUUAUGAGAUUCCUGUUAGUUACAUUCCCAAAGACGUUGCUGGCACGUGUUGGGUCGUGUUGAAUAUCUAUCCUUUGGAGCAAAGUCUUCGGAAGCUGGCCAACAUGUUCGGUGCCAUCUCCUCCAACAGAGAAAACAUAAUGGUCUUCAAUGCCAUGCUGAAGAGUGUACGCUUCACCUUUGACCAUGAGGAACUGGAAACGGUGAUGCAAGUCUUCCAGUGUCACUAUCAGGAAAGGAGCUUAGUGUCUGGUCUUUACUUUGACUACAUCAAAGACGUCUUACACGCCGCCUCUCAAGGAACAUCCGGCUUCGCGUGCAAACCGCCACCAUGCCUUAAUCCACAACAAACACCAGGGGGUCUGGAGGAGGAUCGUGACUACAGCUGGUCAAGGAGAACUCCCUUGCUUCUGGCUCUCAUCCCCUUCACAGCUUGUGUUGUUAUCAUAGUGUGGCUGGUCAAGUCUGGGAGGCUUUCACCAACACUUUGCAACACUGAAAAUAGCCAAAUGGCACCUUCUGACAUGAUCCCAACUGUGUCUAUCUCCAUCCCGCUUCAAACACUCGCCCACACUGCCGACACUCAGCCGGUGGGGGAGGCGAUCCCUGAACAUGAGAGCGGGUGAAAGCAUGAGUAAUAGAAAAGAAGGGAAAUCUGGACCGCAGUAUAACGACUCACUCACCAGGUUGUUCUGGAGCCUGCUGGAUAAACAAGUCUUCCUCUGCUUUCACUCAUCUGAGUGCAUGGACCUGAUCUACGGGAGAAAACUCACCUGCUGUGAAGGCUCUUUCCCCAGGCACUUCUAGCACUUAACCAUCCAAAGAGAGACCAGAGGAAGAACUCAGUACAUAAUGGCUGGUUUUGUGCCAAAAUGGCUGGUGAAGUACAUUAAUUGUGUCGUCUUGGCCAGUGUUUAACAGCAUUUGGCUGAGCAGACCAAGUUGGGUUUUUUUUUCACGCCUGCCACUCUGAAGCGUUGCCAUUCAGAGUGUUGCCAUGCUCCAGUUUGAGCUGCGAUCAAAUGUAUUGCUGGAGCAUCAAAUCCAAAAGAUGUCACACUGUUUGGAAGAUUUUCAUUCUGACAUGGGACUCCUGUCAUCAAUUAGUUGGCUGUGUCCCGGUGGUUACGGUGAUUUCACUGCUGUCAAAAAGUCAACACACUGAACCCCAACCUGCUUCUGUGUUCUGACUUCUACUGAAAUGCAUCAGGGGUAUAUGCAAAGAUUCCUAUCAAUACUGCUUUUUGUUAAUGCAUCAGAAGUAAAAGGGUGAUUAAAGAAGCUGGUCUACUGCAGCUUCUCUUGUACUUGUUGACUGAUCUGUCACAAACCUGCUAGUCACAAACAACACGCCGAGCGCCUCAACAAGCGUCCCACUUUGUGUAUCAAAGAUCUGACCAGAUGGCUGAUAGCCCAUCGCCAGAGGCACUUUUGAAUCCCGUCAUUGUAUUUCAAAGCUGUUGCCCAGUGAUCUAUAGCUGCUGCUCGGCCACAGUGAGUGUUUUUAAUGCCUCAUUCACUGAGUCAAUCAUGUUCAGUCAUGAGAACAUGACUCCCCGGAUGAGUGUGAGCGCUCUUGUACUGUAUGUGUCAGAGAGAGGGAGCGAGUGACAGGACAGGCAGGACGAGGGGAAAGUGAGGGAGAUAGGGAUAGAUGGAUGGACGGACGGAUGAGCUCAGUGAGAGGCAUAAGGAGGGCUUGUUCUCGCCACAAAAGGCCUGGCCGUAGGCUGGAGGAAAUGCCAGUUACAAACACGACUGAUGUCGGCAGUUCCCUACAGUAUGAAUCAACAGGCAAAGAAUCUUUCCAGACCGCAGGCGCUGUGGCCUCAUCUACAGAGGAUGGUUAGUUUUUCCAAUAACAGUUUUCGAUAUUCAAAUGAUUUACUUCCAAAACACAUCGAUGAAAUAUGGGAGGAUAUACCUUUAUUGAAAUGUUUUCAUGUUGUAGACCAGGUCUACAACUUAUGUGUUUUAUUUUCUUUCUGGUGACCAAUUUGUAUUAUUUUCCUUCUUGUAAAAAUGUGUUUUUGUAUUGUAUUAAAAUGUUUUCAUGUUGUAGACAAGGUCUACGACUUACAUGUUUUAUUGUAUCUCUGGUGACCAAUUUGUAUUAUUUUCUUUUUUGUAUUUUUGUGAAAAUGUGUAUUUGUAUUAUAUGUGAGAUGUUUAAGUUAUUUUGUUAAAAGAUAAACUACUUACAAAAUGUAAUUUUCUACAAUUGUAAUGUUGCAAAUGAAACAUGGACCAACUCAAGUCAUGAAUGUACAAGGGGGUAGACAAAAUACUAUAUAAACUUAAAUUAAGUAAAUUAUCAUUGCAAAGUGAUCUACAGCAGAUUGUAAUGGUGAUUUGGUAAAUGUCUUUUUUCAAUGAAAUGUUUCCAUUAUUUUGUCUACCCCCUGCAAAUGCCCCAUGAGCAAAAUCAUGUUCAUGUGAGUAUCAAAUCAUGUGAGUAUUAUUUGUAUGUUCUGUGACUAUUUGUCAACAAUGUAAAACUAUAUACAGCAUAUUGGUACAUCAUGUUGUUGUUGUCGGCAAAACAGUGAAAUGCAAAGUCUGAAUGUUUCUUUAACAUCCUUUUAAUUAAAAGAAUAAAAUAACAGUAAUAAUACUACAUAAAAAAAAGUUCACAAGGACAACAAGGGGCGUGAUAAAAAGGCCUCCAUUCUUGUUUUUUGAAGUGACAUAUUUGGAGUUACUCAUACAGAUCUCAGAACAGAGAUCAUACGUUCAUGUAGAACAUUGUCAGGUCAUCUACUCAGGGCCUCCCUGAACUUUAAUGUCAUUUCAAUGAUGAUUUGGUGCAUUUUUUCCCAUUUGAUUGCACAAAUAAUAACAUGAAUAAAAAGUUUUGGCAAUUCAA